CCAGGUUCGGUGUGUUGUACUUGUGACUGGUGAUGUCAGUGAUGAUUUUUUCAUGUAGAUUAUUAUGAUGAAUUAUUGCGAAAGAUCCGUAAGGUAGCCCUCUCGUCAUCAUCUGCGCCAAGACUGUUAUAAUGGUGCUGGUGCUUCUCCCGAGCCUCAUCUGUGUCUUUACGAGGCUCCGCAUGCUUCCCGCCACACGUGCAGGCGGAGGCGAUGCGUCUUGGCCACCCACUCACUGCACGUGGACGUGUCAUCUUAAGUAACUGGACGUACUCACCACCACAGCCACAACUUUGUACGUCGCCCCAUGAGAGUACUUCCGUUCCUCCGGCCAGAGCAGAGGAGGUUUUCAUUCCUCACGGCUUCCGUCGUCAGCCUUUAGGGCGUCACAAUGGUACUUGCCAAAGUGAAAUAUAUCAUCUGCAUACUGGUGGGACUCUUGGCGGUCCUCAUUUGCCUCAGCCGACUCCCGCUGUUCAGUUUGCCAGAAGACGCUCCGUGCUCUGCCACUUCCGAAUCGAGGAACAACACACCAUACAAGUUUUGCUAUCCCGGUGCGGUCACCACGGCCCGGCUGAGUUUCCCGCGGAGGACCGUGACGAGACAGCUGGUCGACGGUAGUCUGCCACUGGACCCGAGCGACAACAGGUCCACGCGCAUAUUUCAUAAGGACUUCCCGGAACAUAACUGCUCCCAGUACAAGACCAGGUUUGGGCUUGACCUGCCGCAGGUGUGGCUGGCGUCUUUCCCGCGCUCCGGCAACACCUGGACGCGCUACCUGCUGGAGGCGGCGUCGGGCGUCUUCACCGGCUCCGUUUACAGUGACCAGAUACUUUUUUACACUGGUUACCUCGGGGAGUGGGAUCCUCCUAACAGCCGGAGGACCCUCGUGCAGAAGACACACUCGCUUACUCAACAUAAUUUGAAUAAGUUUGACAGUCUCUUUAUGCGCUUUUUGGUCGGCACUACCUACGUCCCCACCGUCCUGCUGCUGAGAAACCCGGCCAAGUCCAUCCUUUCCUUCUACAAGUUUAUGAAAAAUCGUCAUCACCCGUCAAGAAUACCUGCGUCUGAGUAUGAAAAUAAAGAGUUCAGCAGCUUCGUUAAGAUGACGGUAAAGUGGUGGACGGACCAGGCGCUGAACCGCCUGCUGGAGACUGAGGCGCCGCUGUACGUGAUGCACUACGAGCGUCUGUUGGAGGACCCAAUCAAGGAGCUCGCCGCUCUCCUUGCCUUCCUCGGGGUUCCCAGGCACGAGGAGAGGCUGGCGUGCCUUUCUUUACAGUUGGAGGGAACUUUCAAGUCUGAGGAGAGUGAGCCGCGUGACCCCUACACGUUUGAGGAAAAGGUGAUGAUGGCGGCGGAGGCGCGGACGGUUAACAGUACCCUGCAGCUCCUCGGCUACUCGCCCCUCCCUUCCUACCCAGACUGGCCGAUAAUCGCUGGUCCGGCGAAAAGAAAAUAGUUUGAGUCUCCUAAAGAGAUGGAUCAAUUUCGGUUGAAGAGGUGUUUUAAUACUUCCCAAUGAAAGAGUUCAUAUCGUAGACAGGAAGAUAUAUAGACUAGGGAAGGCUGUUCCAGAGUUUACCAGCGAGGGGAGAAAGAAUGAAUAUGCUGGUCAAUUCUUGCAUACUUGAUUUGGACAGAAUACGAGUAAGCUAGAGUAGAAAGAUUUGUGAAGCGAUACCGCAAGGAGUUAGGGACGCAUGCAGUUAGCAAGGCCAGAAGUCAGCAUGAAAAUAGCAAUAGAAGAUAGGAAGAGAUGCAGCACUGAGGGGAAAUACAUGAGGUAAAGUCAUGGGAACUACGAAGUGGGUUGAAUAUUCUUCAAAAUCAUGAUAUAGAAUUUUGAAGAAAUGGUGUGUGUCCUUAGAGACAUGCUCGGCAUUUGUUAUUUGCCAAUUGAGACAAAGAAUAAAAAUGAGGAGACAAGAGGGUCAUUGAUUGGCUUACAGCACCCUCUCACCCCGCUUAAAUACCUCACUGGGAGUGGCUCCCGCCCUUUGCGUGGCGUUGCGACAGAAUUCUAGCCUAUGACUACUUAGUGAUGGUAUGUGUGUGUGUGUGU